AUGAGUUCCUCGCGAAACAACGCCGCGCCUCCUCAAAAUCGUCGCCGGGGUUCUCAUCAUCAUCCGUCUUCUUCAACUGCUGGUGGUGGUGAUGGUGGUGGUGGUGCGAAUACGAAGACGACGAACCGCGACGACCAGAGAGACGAAGAAACAGACGCAAACUUAUACGCUCGGUUGAGCGAACCUUUAUCGGACUUGCAAAGGCUCAGGCUGAGUUCGAUCGAGAAGUUGAACGAGUUAGUUUUGAACAACGCCAACGCCGACGGAGAGAAUGCGAGUCUCGGAAGCGACGGGAGAGAAACGACGAGCGGAGGCGGCGGUAUGAACGAGAACGCGUCUUUGGGCGGCGGAAGGAACUUCUUUCGCAGUACGAGUAGCGACGAUAGUGCUGAUACGGGCACGUACGACGACGACGACGACGUGCAGAACGGGUCGUGCGAUUCUUCUCCCGGUUCUGACGAGUACGACGAAGCGAACGAGGAGAGGAUGUUGAGACAGCGGCUUCGAUUGGAAGCCGCGAAUAAUCAAUCAAAGAAAGAGCAGUUGAAGGAAAAGUUGGAGAGUUUGUUAUCGUUGGAUCAAGCCGUGGAGGACGACACGAUGACCGAAUUGGACGAGAACGGAAACGUUAUCGCGAAGAGCAGAGGUUCGUCUGAUUUAUUGUCGAACACGGAUACGAACAGUUCGAACGAGAGUAGCCUAGGGAGCAGCGGUUUGAACGCCGUGGAAAACAAUCAACAGGAAACGCCAAACACGCCGACGACGACCGCGGAAGGUACGUCGUUGGACAGCAUCCCCACGCAAAUGCCGAAGUUUAUGAUUUGGUUACCGACGGUGCCUUCGAAAGAAGGUACUUUGGAGAAAUACACGGAAAUUAGAGGGAACUGGUUCAGCAAUUUGAUGCGAGGGUUCGGUUCGUCCGGCAGAAACGACGCGUCGUGGAAGUUGAGACAUUUCGUGCUGUACGAUAACCAUCUGUUUUGGGGGAAAGGGUUUUCACGAAUGUACGGGUAUGGGACCGUUUUAGCGGCGCGAGAUGCGUUUGAGUACGGACAAACGGCGAUUGCGAUCGAUUUGUUGUUGUACCCGAAAAAAUCGAGCCGGCACGGGAGCUCGUCCACUUCUACGCCGCAAAAUCUCGUCGAGGCGUUGACGGGAGCGUGCUGCCGACCGGAAGGGUACUCGCACAAGAUUGUGAGAUGCGAAACUUUGAAAGAUAAAGCGUUGUGGUUGGAAGUGUUGAACAGAACCGCGGCAAUGCAUCGAGAGCGAGCAGAAAAAGAGCAACAAAUCCAAGAACAGAGAGAACACGAGCAGCAAAAACAGCGAGAGAACGGUAGCAACCCUUCGAAUCAAAGGAAGGCGAUUACGAACGAAAAUAGCGCGGAAACGACUGGGUACGCGAUUCAACCACCAUCGCCGAGAAUUUCAAGCGAUGACUAUCAAUACGGUAGCAAGGAAAGUAAAAGAUUUGGGAAAAAUAAAAGAGAGAGCAGAGACUAUUUCGCGCGAACGGAUGGCGAUCGACAUCAGCGGCACCAACUCAGCCCGACGGUUGGGUCGCCUUCGAUUACGACGGAUGAAGAAUCAGAAGAGAGCGAGUUAGAAUCGGAUGAGUACGACGACGACGAUGUUUUCAACGACAACGACGACGAUAGCGAAUAUGUAGAGAACGGUCGAAAUAGAAUGCACGGCGGAGCGAGCAGUAGCGGCUUGAAGACGCACGCGUCGAUGCUUAAACACAACGAUUCCGAGGAUUCCUUAUCACUCGAUCCGCAAAAUGGCAUUCCUCCUAGCACGGAUGAUCGUAGUACAGGUAGCCCCGCAAGUAGAAACCAACCCUCUUCGCGAGGAUUAGUCCGAACUGGCUCCGGGUCGGUGAGAUUCAGAAACCGAAGUCUUUCGCCGGCGCCGAAUCAAAGGUCGCCAGGAAGUACCCCGCGAAGUGCGAGAGCUGCACAGAAACAGAAAAAUGGCGUGUUCACAUCUUCUCCGAGAAGCGAACUGGUUAGAACAUCGAGCAGUCCGUCGAUCGGUUCGAAGAAACCACCUCCGGUUUCGAGUCCGAGCGGCGCGACGAAGUAUUCAGCCGCGAAGCCGCCGUUUGAUCCCAACGCGCGACCAAAGCAAAGUUCGAUGAAGCGAUCGGCGAUUCAUUCGGCAUUCUCGGCUGCGCAGCAAAAAGUGUUGGAUGAUGCGAAUAAGAUUACGGAGCAACAACAAAAAGAGGGAGAAAGUGGGAUGAGCACGCCACCGCCUCAUAAUAAAAAUUUGCAAAACGUAAACAGCCCGCGAACAACUGGAGGAUCGAAAAAAUCCGUCACGUUUCAGAACGACGCGCUGCUUGAAGAGGUGAAAAAAUACGACGCCACGCCAACGAAUGGGAAGAAGAAGAAGAAAUCGCACAUGUUCCAAAACAACAUAUCCGCAUCAGCUUGGGCCGAACAGCUCGAGCGGCGCUCCUCGCGCGCGUUGAUUAAAGCCGCCGGGUCGUGGUCGAUAUCGAUCAACGAUUUGAUCUUUGGCAAGAAAAUUGGCAUCGGUUCGUUCGGGAAAGUAUACAAAGCCAAGUGGCAUGGCACGAAUGUCGCCGUAAAGAAAACGCUCGACGUUGCCACGCACAACACGAUAAAAGAAUUUGCGGCGGAAAUCCGAUUGAUGCGCGAUUUGCGACACCCAAACAUUGUUCUGUUUUUAGGCGCCGUCGUCGACGCACCUUCCAUGUGCAUCGUCACCGAACUCAUGAAAAGAGGCAAUUUGCACUCCAUUUUGCACGAUUACGAUAACGUUGUCCGCGAAACUGUCGCCGAUAACGGUCGCUUGCGUUUACAAAUGGCCACAGAUUGCGCCCGGGGAAUGUCUUACCUCCACUCUCGAUCGCCUCCAAUCGUACAUCACGAUUUGAAACCGGCGAAUUUAUUAGUCGACUCGAAAUGGAAUUUGAAAAUUUCUGAUUUCGGCAUGAGUCGAAUCAAGUACAGAGCGUACUUGCAGAAAUCCAACCCGGAGUUGGAAACGGCUGGAGGUACUCCCGAGUGGAUGUCCCCGGAAGCGUUGAGAAACGAUAACGUGGACGAACUCUCGGACGUGUACUCCUUCGGUAUAAUUUUGUGGGAGCUCAUCACGUUGAACUACCCGUGGCACGAGUUGAAAGACCCGGUACAAAUCGUCGGGAAAGUCGCCUUCUUGCAUCACCGACCGAAAAUUCCGAGUUGGGUGGAGACGGAGAUGGAGGAGUUGCUUUUAGAUUGUUGGUCGCGAGAAUCUUGCGAUCGUCCGGAGUUUGUGCGAAUUUUAGAGUUGUUACAAACAGUCACGACGCCAGGCGCGUGGAGUUUAGGUAAAGGCGAUAACGCGCUCGAAGUGAAACGAUCAAAGUUUUCGCAGUAUUUGCAAGACGAGCAUUUGGAAGCAGCGGUAAACGCGCAAGAUGAACCAGAGAGGAACUCGUUCUUUGGUUUCGGAGGAACUCCUUCUCGCUCAAAAGAGAGCGGAUCGCUUACGUCCGUAGCUUCGUCGCAAUACAACGAAGCCGAUGAUCCGUACAUUCCCGGUGAAAAUGAACGCGAUAGUCUCUAUGGCGAUAACGACAGCGACUUAUCGGGAAAAGGACAAUCGAAGAGCAGCAGCACCGGCGGUAUCCCCGGCCACAAACGAAGAGAGUCGCACGAGAACAUUCUCGCCUUUCGUCCGCACAGUUUGACCGGCUUGACGAUUAAAACGCCAGCACCAAAACCAGAUGGGAAAGAACACGAUCGACCUGACGAUAAAGGUAGAGGACUCGGUGCGUUGAAAAUCAGGAUUGAAAAUAAAAGAACUUCGAUGACUUCGGGGACAGCUUCGGGUAUGACUUCGACGACCACGGCGGCUCGCUCGGCCACCGCCGGCGAGGAUAAUAACACACCGAAGAAUAUUUCGCUCGAGGAACUCGUGAAGCUCGACGACGAUCUCGACGACGAUCUCGACGUUGACGAAGACGAAGACGAAGACGACGAAGACCUCGAAUCGGAAGUUUCCGGCUUCUCCCAACUUUCCGAAGCGCAGCAACAAAAAAUGAACAAGUUCAAAGAGCAACAAAUAAAAUUGAAGAAUACGAAGAACAAAGGGAUGAGCAAGUUGAGCGAAGAAGCACCAUCGGGAAAAGAAGAGGAAGAAGAAGAACAACCAAAAACGCCUCGAAAAAUGUCCUCGCUAUUCUCGGACGACGACGACGAUACGAAGGGAGCUGAAGAACGCGUCGGAGAAGAAGGUCUCGAGGCGCGAGAAACCGCCUUUCCUUCUCGAAGCGCGCCCGACGCCUACGGGAGCGGAACGGGAGGAAAGAAAAAGAAGAAGAAAAAGAAGUCCGACGAAAAGCCGAAGGAACCUUCCGAAGGGGAGGAGCGCUCGAAACCGAUGUUCGCCAGUCAGUUGUAA